UAAUGAGCCAUGAAAAUGAUGCACGAAAUGUGUUGUACUUGUAAAUUACGACAUCCAUUAUGUAACAUUAAUGUCAACGAUUUUUAUUUGAAAGCUGCUGUACACUUAUGAGGUACUUGUAAGGUGGCUGCAUUGAUUUGGAAGAAUCCUAAUGCAUUUGAUAUUGAAGCUAAAACUGACGCAGUCUUGGAUAAAUGAUCUACAGAAUAUUACAAGAUGGUUAUGAGAUACUUAGCCCAUUGCAGCUUUGCAAGAAAAAGGAUUAUCUGAUGUUUGUGUGGAUUUUUUGCACUUUUACAUUCAUCUAACAAAAUGAACAGUUAAUUGAAACAUAUUUGCUUUUAGUUUAUUGAAAUUGAACAGGGUAUUAUGGCUCGUCAGAGCAGAAUGCGAACCUUGUUGACAGUUGCACUUACUGCAGUCGUAACAAUUAUGAUCACUCAGAACAUGUGCGAUGUUCCUGAUAUCAAAGGCAAAAUGGUUCCUAAGGAAUCAAUGAAAACAAUUGAAGAUGACGAGAAUAGGGUAUAUGAAUACCAUAAGGAUAUGCCAUUGAUUUUUAUUGGCGGUAUGCCACGUAGUGGUACCACAUUGAUGCGUGCAAUGCUUGAUGCGCAUCCGGAAAUACGCUGUGGUGAAGAGACUCGUCUGGUUCCGAGGCUUCUUGGUAUGCGCGUUCAGUGGCGGAAAUCAAAGAAAGAACAAACACGGCUAUUAGAAGCGGGUUUAACUGACGCUGUCAUUGACGAUGCGUUGAGAGCAUUUAUUUUAGAAAUUAUCGCAAAACAUGGUGAUGCCGCACCAAGGCUCUGCAAUAAAGAUCCCUUCACGCUUAAGUCAAUGAUGUAUCUGAAAUCUUUGUUUCCAAAUGCCAAGUAUAUAUUUAUGAUACGAGACGGUCGAGCUACCGUGAACUCUAUAAUCUCACGCAAAGUGACAAUUUCUGGGUUUGACAUAACAAGCUGGCGUGACUGCCUAAAAAAAUGGAACUUAGCUGUGGAGGCUAUGCACAAUCAAUGCAUGAGCGUAGGCUCACGCUACUGUCUGCCAGUGUAUUACGAACAGCUUGUCUUACAUCCGGAACAAUGGCUACGAAAGAUUUUACAUUUCUUAGAUAUUGAUUUUGAUGAUUCAGUUCUACAUCAUGACAAGCAUGUUGGCAUGCCGGGGGGUAUAAGACUAUCUAAGAAGGAACGGUCAACUGAUCAAGUAAUCAAACCGGUAAAUUUAGAUGCAUUGACUUCAUGGGUAGGAAAAGUACCAGCAGAUGUGAUACACGACAUGGCCAGCAUUGCCCCCAUGCUGCGAACUUUAGGGUACGAUCCUUACGCCAACCCACCAAAUUACGGCAAUCCAGAUCAGUUUGUGCUUGACAAUACGAAAGAGAUUCACAUGAACGCAGCCAAGUACAAAGAAAAAUUAAAAGAAGUGAUCGGACAAGAGCCGGUUGAUCCCGAUUAUGUUGUUCCAAAAAAACCAAUACCAAAACCAUCAAGAGGCAGGCAAGAUAUACGACGGCCUCAGUUUCGUAGAGGGAAUAUGCCGGUUGCAAGAAACCAUUUGGAAUGAAGAAACUCCAUCAAUUUAAAAUAAACAUAGCCAUGGAAAUAUGUUUGAUAUAUAAUAUGAUUGAAAGAGUCUUAAGAAUUAUGCUGCCCUCUGUUGGCAAGUACAGUAUUGAAGCAGGUGAUAAUGUUGUAGUAAUAUUACUGUAGGAAAAUUAUUGGAGAAGAGAAAGAGAGGAGUGAAGCCGGAGUGACGUGGUUAGCAAUCAAGGACCUACGGUUCAAAGGAUUUGGAACCUGUUAUAAUUGGACAAAGUUUUGGGUUGUUCACAAUGCCAUAGCCAGCUGUUUUUUAAAAACGAACUUGGGUUCGUCGGCCCGAGCUGGUGAAGGGUUUGAGAGGAUGUUCCCCUCCAAAAUGAGAUUUUUUUUUAAAGAAUAGGAACCUCUGGAUGGCCAGAAAUAGCACUCUCUGAUUGUGCCAGACGUGUUGGCUUGGCCUGGGCCUAUUUGCUGCGAAGCAGCCAAUUCAUAUUCUUGACAGCAAUUUGACCUCUGAAAGGUCAUUGUUUGUCAAAAAUCAAUCGCCUGAGACAACUGAAAAGCGGAGUUUCCUUCUUUCGUU